AUGGCUUUGGUAGCACCUCUGCUGGAGCAAAUUGACAUCCCGCUUGUUGUCAAAAAGAUGAACGCAACGCUCCUAGACACCUCCAUCUGGAGACAGCCGCCCUCACCCGAGGUUGACGCCGCGUGGAAUCGCAUCCAGACCCGAGAAGCAGUGGUCAUCAGUCGGGAAGACGUGUUGGCGAUGGGAAAAGACCCCGCGGACGCCGUGAAGUGGCCCGAAUCAUUCGGAUUCGGCGCGGACGCAUACGUAGCCAAGCUCGACGUGCUGCAUCAGAUUCACUGCCUGAACACGCUUCGAAUGAACCUGCGCAACAACUUUGACUACUACUACGGCGCCGAAUUCCCCAGCGGCAUGCCCACCGACGCCUUUCAUGAUCUUCACGUCACUCACUGCGUGCACGUCCUGCUCGAGAACCUCAUGUGCUCCGGCAAUGUGGACCUGUACACGCACACCUGGAUCGAUGCGCAGACGCAUCCAUACGCAGAUUUCAACAUCAAUCAUACGUGUCGCGACUUCGACGCCAUUCUAGCAUGGCAGGAUGAACACGCCGUGCCGAUGGAGAAAAUCUCCGAGGUGACAAGGCCCGAUGAUUACAAGGUGCAUGUCAUGAACCAUGAAUUCAAGGAGAUAAUGCACUGGUAUGACGAUCACCCAGAUGAUGGUGUACAAGGGGGGGAAACAGGAUAA